CGAUAAGCGUGAGUCUGUUCUGUGAGCUUGACAUAAGGCAAGGCUGAUGAUCCAUCGCCCUUUGCUUCUCCACGUUAAUGGUCUGUGGCUGUUGCUGCUGGUGCUGCUGUCAUCGAGAUCUGCAUGUGCCCAGCAGCAGCAGCCCGAUGACAUCGACGGCUUUGUCAGUCAGCAGGCAGCAUCGCUUGACCAGCUGGACCCCGGCUGCUGGGUGAGCCAACCACAUGGAGCACACGCACAGACAGAGUAGCCGAGUUAUGACGUUGCCUCUGUGUGCCUGCAGACGUGGAAGUCGACGUUGAUGGGUGGGGUCGGGUGGGUGGGCCAGCAUACCAACCGGGAACGGAUACAUUUGUGUGCCAUCUGCAUGUGUGCAGGCACUUAUCUGGAGGGUUCCGACCCCAUAUCGAAGCGAUACGUGUGGCUGACUGACGGGUGCGCCAAGGCUUGCCAAGAGAACCAAGAUUGCAAGGCAUGGAGCUUCGACUGGUAAAUCAGUAUGUCGCCAUCCAUCGACCCACCCCACUUUUCCCAACAUUCAUGUGUGUAUGGUGGAUGGAUGGGUGUGGUGCAGGAAGGGUGAGUGUUUCCUUCUGUCCAACGUGACUGCGGUGCGUCGGGCGGGCGACAGCGACGGGCGGGGCUUCGCGGCCAUUGCUAUGGGCAAGAAGGGCAGCUCAGACUGCCGCUCUCUCGACGAAAGACACCCAUGCAUCCAACACAACGUCAAAAUACUCUGGUCAGCCGGCUGGGAGAGGGAGGGAGAGAGAGAAGAUGCAGAUGUGUGUGUGUCGCAGGUCUGACAUCAGCUACAAGUACGCCGACGCCAAUCUGACGGUGGAUGAGUGUCAGCAGGCGUGCAUCGACAUGAUCGAGUGCCGCUUCUUCACACACAUCGCUCUGCCAGGCCAAACCAGACAGUGGUACACACGCACCCCACACACGCCAUCCCACGCCAACCACCCACCCACGCACUCUCUCUCUCUCUCUCUCUCUCUCCAUCUCUCUCUGUCAGCUUUAUGAAGAAUGCGGGGGUUGACGACAACAAGGUAUGCUCGGAGCACGCCACGAGCGGCUUCGUGUACGCCCGGGACUGCGGAGCGCCGAGUGAGCCUCUGGAGCCGGCGGACGGCGACGUGCAGAGGCUGACCAGCCAGGGGCUCUCACUCUCACUGGAGCUGCUGCAGUCGUCAUACCCGCCGUAUCCAGUGGCCGAAGGUGCGUGUGGGGAUGUGGCCGAGCCACACAGAUCUGCAUCUUCUCGUGUGGGUGUGGGUGUGGGUGGGGUCCGACAGAGGCUUACGAGAAGGUCAAUGUGUGUGGGUGCUACAAGGAGGCCACUAAGCCUUACUUUGAGCGGCUGGACGGCGGCUCAGACAUGGGCAUCGACCCAGACAAGCCGCCCGAAUACGCGCCGGGGAGCGCCGAAGUGAUACAGGUCGACAGACAGACAGACAGACAGACAGACAGACAGACAGAGAGAGAGAGAGAUCUGCUGUGCUAUCCAUUGUGUGCAGGAGGUUCCGACCUACCUGAUGCCUCCCCGUCGGUGCCAGCUGUUUUGCCAGGCGCAUGCCGAGUGCGAGCACUUCAGCAGCAGGUGGAACAGGUGCUCUGUGGAAGAAAGUCACCAAAUGGGAGGAAGACCCGGAUUUACCCGACCUUUCGGGGCCGAAGCUCUGCCCGCGGGACAAACUCAGUGAGCGAAAGGGGAUGGAUGUCGUGGGCGUGUUGUGUGACCAUGUGUGCGUGUGCGUGUGUGUGUGUGUGUUCAGGCGAGGGCCUCUUAUGCGACUCUGGUGGGCGACAUAGAAGGAAGAAGAGACCACCCCUCAUGUGUGUCUGUGUCUCUGUGUGUGUCGUCGGCCUGCAGCAUUCUACCGUGAGCGAUACACGCCCUUCUCCCUCUUCGUGCUCAAAGUCAAGAAUGUCCGUGUGCCGCUUGGCGACUCGUGC